AUGAUGAACAGCAAGGGGAUUCAAUUCUCCAAGGCGAGGACGGCGGGUACCAGUGUGAAGGUAUUCACAAAUACACCAGCUGACUACCGUCAGCUAGUCACACUGCUGGAAUCCAUCAAGCGGCCCUUCUUCACCUAUCAACUGAAGGAGGACAGGAUGGACCAGAGGGUCAUUCGUGGGCUUCCCAGGGAGAUGUCAGUCAAUGACAUCAAAGAGGAUCUAGUGAGCCAGGGCAUCGCAGACGCCGAGGUUCAGCAGAUGACCUCAAGGACCACUAAGAAGCCACUUCCGCUCUUCCUCGUCAAGACGAAGAUGCCGGAAAAGCUUGCAGACAUCCAGAGGCUGGCCAUGCUCACGGUCAGCUUCGAGAGGAAGAAAAAGUCUUCCGAGCCCAGCCAAUGUUACCGCUGCCAGCGGUACGGGCACACACAGUGGAACUGCCGUCUCGCUGAACGGUGCGUUAAGUGUGGAGAGGACCACAACAGCACCAGCUGCAGUCUGCCAGCGCCGCCAACAGGGCAACGAAACGCCAAAUAUGGGUUGAGCAGACUGACCAAUGGCUAG